AUGCAACUAGCGUUUUUGGACUUUGAAGCCGCGUUCGACUCUCCUCACCGUGGCCGUCUUCUCAACGCGCUGAGCGCCGAUGGAGUACCAGGAAAGUUCGUUCGCUUGCUUGAUGACAUGAAUCAACGAACAACUGCUGCAGUUCGAACACCAGCCGGAUGUACAACACCGUUUGAAGUGGUAACUGGAGUAAGACAUGGAGCACUGGCAGGACCUUUCCUGUUCAAUUUCGCAAUCGAUGACAUUAUGCGAAGAACAGUCGUCCAGUGUCCUGCCGACAUUGUCGUAGCACCAUCUGGGUGCCCCUUGACUGACCUUGAGUACGCCGACGAUGUUGUCAUAUUCGCGGAAAGCAGUACGAAACUUCAACAUGUUGUCAACCUUGUAUCGAAGCUGGCUGCAGCCUAUGGACUACGUCUACGCCCUGAUAAAUGCAAGCAGAUGUGGAUCUCUUCGAGACCUCGAACGGGAAUCAGGGUAAACGGACAACCGAUAGAACUCGUCGAUGAGUUCUGUUACUUAGGCUGUACGCUGAAGAACAACGGCAACUACGAGAGAGAUGUUCAGCGAAGGUGCGCUAAGGCCACUUCUGCAUUUAACUCCUUAACGAAAUGCCUGUAA